GCGGGUUUCGUCACAAAUAAAGGCGGUUCUCGUCUUAACUGAUUGAAGGCGGUUUUCGCCAAAUGAUUGAAACACAAUUUUGAUUGAACAAAAUAGUUUUAUUAUAAUAUUUAAUAGAAAUGGAAUGGUGCGUCGGAGUUGUUGUAAUCUCUCUAGUCUAGUUAUUUGGAGAUUCACACAAAGAAAUAUGACGGUUUUUUUUUGUUUUUCUUCGGUUUUAAACAAAAUUAUAUGGUUACAAUAGGAGCAGCAUGGAUACUCGCAUCAGGCCGUUCCAAACGUCUUUGGAGUCUUUGCAGCUACCGUUGGCAUGGGCCAAAUGGAAACGCGAUCUCGAAUGUUAUUUUGAGUCAGAAAAGAUAGAAGGACAGUACGAACGACGCUCAAAACUGCUCUAUCUGGGCGGCUCUGAUUUGCGAGACAUUUAUGACAAUCUACCCGAUGUCAAAACGGUGUCAAUGGUUCUGGUAAACCCUCCGUAUUACGAUGCGGCAAUCGCGAAACUGGAUGCGCAUUUUGAGCCGUAUCGCAGGAAGACCUAUGAACGCCACCUAUUCCGUCAAAUCUCCCAAAAGUCGUCCGAACGUUUCGCCGAUUUCGUAUUGCGUCUGAGAACCCAGGUCAAAAGGUGUGAGUACGACAAACCAGAAGAGAUGAUUCUGGACCAGAUAGUGGAGAAGUGCCACUCUGACAAACUUCGUCAGAAAAUGAUAAAACGCGAUUUUAUGUUGAGUGAAGUUGAAAGCCUGGGAACAAGUUUGGAGGAAAGUGAGCGAAAGAUGAAGGAGUUUGGAAAAACCUCUUCGUCAAGUGACCCAAUCAGUAAGGUGUCUAGGUGGAAACCGGAGUAUUAGGCGUGACGCUACGGGUACAAAUUAUUAAAUAAAGGUAUAAAAUAAAUUCUGAUAUUUAAAGUUAUUAUAGGAUCAGGACCUGGUACAGGAAGAGCACAGAAACCUUUUCAGUCGAAAUUCCGAUCGGUUCCAGUGUGUUACGCGUGUGGAAAACGUGGUCAUGUCAGGGGUGCAGACUCUUGUCCCGCUAAGACAGCAGCGUGUCUUAAAUGCAAGAGCAUCGGUCAUUUCGCCAAACAAUGUUUGAAACGAGUCAACGACAUCAACCGAAACCAGAUUCCGACAAAGCGCAUCAGAACAGUUCAGGACGAUAAUCCUGAAGGCAAAGACAACGAGUAUAUAUUCUACGCCAUGGGAGAGAAUACUUUCAUGUUCGAAGUAGGAGGAAUCAAAAUACCGAUGGUGAUAGAUUCUGGAGCUGCAGCAAACAUCGUCAGCCAGAAAACAUGGGAAGAUAUGAAGCAUUUAGAUGUGACUGUAUGGAACAUGUCCACAGAUGUUGACAGAAAUUUCAUGUGCUACGCUUCUGAUGCGCCGAUGUAUAUCUCCGGAAGUUUCAUGGCGACAAUCCGAGCUGGUGAGAGAUUUUGCACCGCAAAAUUUUACGUUGCAAAAAGUGGUCAGCAAAACUUGUUGGGCGAUGAAACAGCGAAGACAUUGCAGGUCUUGAAAGUUGGUUUCGAUAUUGGCAGAGUCUCACAAUCCCCAAAAGCCGAAUUCCCGAAAUUCAAAGGUGUCACAGUGGAAAUACCGAUUGAUGAGACGGUUCAACCUGUGCAACAAGCUUUUCGUCGAGCUCCGUAUGCUCUUGAAGAUAAAGUCAAUGAAAAACUACAGAUGUUACAACAACAAGGAAUUAUCGAGCGAGUAACUAAACCGUCACCAUGGGUUUCACCGAUGGUGCCAGUGUUGAAAACAUCAGGUGACAUUCGAUUGUGCAUCGACAUGCGACGGGCAAAUCAGGCUGUGCUGAGAGAAACACACCCUCUACCUCUGGUAGAUGAAAUCCUUGGAUCAGUGACCGGCGCCAAAUUCUUCUCCAAAGUCGACAUCAAGGACGCUUACCACCAACUUGAAAUAUCCGAAAGGUUGUAACCUGCUCCACUAGCUUGAUGACGGUGGCGGUAAUCUUUGCUCGCGUGUACUGAGCCGCUAUGGUGCUCUUAGCCUCGCCAAUCAAUGCAGGAGUUUUGGUUAAAUCUUACCAUGUUAAACCAUCACACACCUACAACACAAACAACACAACAUCAUCAUCAUUAGAUCGAUCGUUAUCAAUAGUCGAUUGAUCGCGCCGCAUGCCUCUUGUGUAUGCUCCGCUGGGCGCAAGCUGCUUCAGUUAAAUUGAAAUUAAAACCCGACAUCACCCAAUCUAUGCCACCAUAAAAAUCCAGCCACCGGUGUCAGAAACCCUAAUAGCAUCAUCUCAUUCUCUGAUAAGAUCUAAUUAUCUCCCGUUAUCGAUAAGGCCGAAAGGAUUGAGUACCACUUGCUCAGGUAUCACUCAUUGGCUCCCACUUUUAACACUAAUAAAAUCGUUGCGAAGAUCGGAGAGGGCCAUCAGUUAUCGGUUCAACAUCAAGCAGACCGUAUGUGCUCAAGUGAAAGUGGUAGUUGCUAGAGAUUUUUGGGUCUGACCGAUAAUAAUUGAAAAUUAGGCAUGGCUACGGCCAAAUAUACGAUGCAUCGACGGGAGUGAAGAUAAGUUUUGAGAUCGGUAAGAGAGUGGUGAUUUAGCUAGAUGAAUUUUCAACAUGAUCCUAAAUUAGUGCUGGUGAUUAAUUCUGACCUUCAAUGCCUAUAUAGGCCUUUCUCACAUCCAGCAAAUUUCCAUGGUAGUGCACUGUACCAUGGGCAGAGUGGUGAUGUCGUGGUGGUAGCAACGCUAAUGGCGUGCCAAGCAGCGGGGUUGCCGACAUGGAGCCGGUGGUCUUUUCCCCUCAACUGUCCGGACAGGCCUGGAAGUCGUGCUGCCGCCGUGGGAUACACUGCCACACGCCCACUACACACCACAGAACAACCUUAGGAUAAGUAGGAUAAGAUCUACAAUAAAUGUAAGUACACUAUUUAAUCAUAACAUUUUUUGUGAAGCUGAAAUUUCUUUCUUUGUUUGGGAUGGCUCGCUUAGUCAGCGUGUGGUUCCGCUUUUAACGAACCAGAUUUCCUAUACGGGUCAAGUGUUUGGGUCGGGGGACCAAUGCCUAUUGGAAACCUUCUAUUUUACUGUAUUUUGUCUCCGAGUCUCAUGCGCCCUCUGCGGAGCGGUGACAAGGUCUCGCCCUAUAACUACUUUUAUCACAAAGAAUGGCUUGUUCAGGUAAAUUGAAAAUAAAAGAAAUGACGUUGUAUUAUUAUAAUAAACACAAAAUUAAUUUGUCAUUGUAAUCCAUUUUCCUUAGAUAUAAAAGACUAAUGUUUGGUAUCAGUUGCACACCAGAAAUCUUUCAAAAGACAAUGGAAUCGAUUCUAGCAGGGUUGGAAGGUGUUAUAGUCUAUCUAGACGAUAUAGUAGUGUUCGGCUCCACACAAGAAGAGCAUGAUAAACGUCUUCAGGCACUUUUGAAGCGCUUACAAGAGUAUAACGUCCUCUUAAAUAAGGAAAAAUGCAUAUUUGGAGCGGUAGAAAUUGAAUUUCUCGGGCACGUGUUGAGUGAAAAGGGCGUUAGCCCUACGGAGAGCCGAAUUGAAGCGAUUACGAAAUUCAGAGAACCUAAGACAGUUGCAGAGCUCCGCAGUUUCCUAGGUUUAAUAACGUAUGUCGGGCGUUUAAUUCCAAAUCUGGCUGCAAAAACAGCACCUUUAAGAAUGCUUCUUCGAACGGGUGUAGCGUUUUCUUGGAAAGAGGAACAUCGUAAUGCGUUUGAUACGAUAAAGCAGGCAGUCAGUGAUAUUAGGAUUUUAGGAUUUUUUGAUCGUCAAGACCAUACAAAAUUGAUUGUUGAUGCAAGCCCAGAAGGUCUAGGAGCAGUAUUACUACAGGAGAAUGAGGAUGGCCAAAACCGGAUAAUUUCGUUUGCCAGUAAAGCUCUUACUGACUUAGAACGUAAAUAUUUUCAAACCGAGCGUGAAGCACUAGCUAUCGUAUGGGGAGUUGAAAAAUUCAGUCUAUACUUACUCGGCACUAAGUUUACUCUCAUUACUGAUUGUAAAGCAUUGAAGUAUUUGUUCAGUCCUCGAUCUCGUCCGUGUCCACGAAUUGAGCGCUGGGUACUUCGUAUCCAGUCGUACAACUACGAGAUUAAAUACGAACCUGGUGCAACAAAUUUGGCAGACGCUUUGUCCAGAUUGUCAAUCAAUGGUCAGAAACCGUUUGAUAAGGCAGCUGAGAUUUACAUUAAUCAUCUGGUGGAUAACUCAGUUCCGGAAGCUGUUACUCUGACGCAAGUGGCUGAAGCAACAAAAACCGACGAAACUUUACAGAGUCUGCUAAAGGCUUUACAGACUGGAUUAUGGACCGAAGACGUACAAGUAUUCAAAUGUUUCAAAGCAGAAAUACAUUCAGCCAAAGAUGUUUUGUUGAGAGGAGACAGGCUUAUAAUUCCACUAGCACUUCGCCCACAGACGCUGAAAUGUGCACAUGACGGACAUCCUGGAAUGAGUGUAAUGAAGCGGCGCUUGCGACAAAAAGUUUGGUGGCCAAAAAUAGACGAUUCGGUUGAAAAAUUUGUCAAACACUGUGAGUCGUGCACACUUGUAUCAGCGGUUGGACCUCCAGAACCGAUGCUUCGUACUAGAAUGCCUGAAAAACCUUGGUAUGAGGUGGCCAUAGAUUUCCUGGGUCCUAUGCCAUCCGGACAUUCUCUACUUGUGCUGAUAGACUAUUUCAGCAGAUUCACGGAAGUGGUCGUAAUGAAACAAACAUCGACAGAUUUGACAAUUCAAGCCUUAUUCGAAACGUUCAGUCGUUUCGGAGUUCCAGAAACAUUGCGAACGGACAAUGGACCGCAAUUUAUCAGUGAAGCAUUUAAGACUUUUUGUCGCGAAUUCGGUAUUGAGCAUCAGAAGACCACACCUUACUGGCCACAAGCGAAUGGAGAAGUGGAAAGAAUGAACAACACAAUUCUUAAGCGUUUGAGGAUCAGUCAGGUGGAGAACUCUACAAACUGGAAGUGGGACCUGCGCAGUUUUCUACUCAUGUAUAAUUCCACUCCACAUUCCACAACAGGCGAAGCUCCGUCAGCUCUGAUGUUCGGUCGAGUACUUCGGGACAAAAUACCGAGCAUUCACAACAGGAACAGACCGUGGAUUGAACAAGCUAAAGAUCGAGAUUGGGAGCGGAAAGUUUCAGCAGCGGAAUUAUCAGACCGUGACAGGAACGCUAAACAUAAUCAACUUGGAGAAGGUGAUAUUGUUGUGGCCAAACGGAUAACGAAGGAGAACAAACUAUCUACGAACUUCAGCGGUGAAAGGUUCCGUAUUGUUGGUAGACAGGGAUCAGAGGCAGAGAUCCAAUCGUUGGACACUGGCAAGACAUACCGCAGAAGUGUAACCCAUCUAAAACCUGUAUGCGCGCCAGCCACGGAAUCCAUCCCGCCGACAUCAAUGGAUAUCCCAUCUUUGACAUUGGAUCUGGAUAACGAACGGAAGGAAUCAACGUUCGUGGAAAACCAAGCUGAGGAACUGUCCAACAUUCGUUGUAGUAGCCGAGCAUCGAAACGUCCCGAAUAUCUGAGAAACUAUGUAAAUAUGUUAUUGGACUAAAACUAUUUGUAAGGGAGGAGUGUGGUAUCGAGCUAGAUCGAGUUAGCCAUGAUUUAUGUUUGAAUUGGACUAGUUAGUCAGAGUCAGGUGUGUGAGACAAGCAGUCGAAUAUACGUGUCGUGCGUGCAAGUUGAAUUGUGUAAACUAAUCCCAAAAUCCCGUCAACCGAUUCUACUAUCCGAAAUUCCAGAUUUCACACCGUACUUUUCAGCACGUGAAUAUUACUUGAGGGUCAACGUGGCUUAUAAGAUAACCAGUCGACGUUGCUACAGCCACUAUAAACAACGAAUUCAACGCAGUCUCCAAUCGAAACCAAAGUCUUUUUGGAGGUACGUGAACAAGCAGAGAAAGGAGUCUGGACUACCUUCAACGAUGAUUUUGAAUGGAAAAACCGCUUCGGAACCUCAACAGAUUUUCCAAUUCUUCGCUCAGAAGUUUGCUAGUACGUUUUGCGAUGAGACGAUUCCUGAAACCCUCGUUAAUCAGUCCAUUAACAACGUUCCGCUGGUUAACGAUUCCUGGGCUACGCUCGUCGUUGAGGACGAAAUGAUUUCCAGCGCCGCUUCACGAUUAAAAUCUUCAAGGAACCCUGGCCCAGAUGGUAUUCCAUCAACUUUCCUGAAGAUGAAUAUUGAAACUCAGCUCGUUCCUAUUCACCAGGUGUUCAACUUAUCUCUGUCAGUUGGAUUUAUUUUUUUUUUGUUUAUUUUUGUUCGUGAAUUUUAACUUAUGCUAAUUCUUCACACACUGUCAGUUGGAGUGUUCCCGUCCAUUUGGAAAAAAUGCCACCAUGUUUCCCGUAUACAUAGGGGCAACGGAACAAAAAAGCCAGACGAAGACGCUGAACGCUCCUAACCAGGUAAACUUAAGUCCAGGUAAACAGGCUAAAGCAGGAGUCUGCAGUUAAAUCGGGAAUGCAAAGGUCCCAGAUAGGAAAACAGAGGGAAACCGUAAGUGUGGGCAUGAAGCAAAAAGCAAAAAUUUGAAAGCUAAAAAUUAUACAGGCAAACCUACAGCAUGCAAGAGGGCAUCACGCGUACUUUUGUAACGGUUUACCAAAAAGACCUCGACCUGGGCGUUAGUAAAGGAACCAUGGGUCAGCAGUCAUAGGGUUCUGGGCCUUACAACACCAAUAUGUAAGUUUACUCUAUGAUUUUAAACCUUUGGUACAACUUGGGAUCUUAAACCCAAGUAUAUCAAAUGGAUCUACACAACUGUUGUUCGGCCAAUAAUGGCCUAUGAAUGUCUUGUGUGGUGGCAAAAGGGGGAAAUGAGAACGAUCCAAUCAAAGUUAGGCCAUCUGCAAAGGAUGUGCUUAAGGCUUUUUACGGCAUCAUCAGCAUCGGCAGCCAUGUUGGAUAUGAGCCUCAAAAUUUCAAAGUGAUAAUUCUCUGCCACCAAAGCGAAUAUUCGUAUGAAAAAGUAUCAUCCUAUAUGCUCACUCGCAGUGAUUGCGAUGAUACUUUUUCUGCUGCGUUGCUGCAGAAUUGACAGUUUUUUAUCACUUCAAAAAUGCGAGGCAAACAAUCAUUGAAAAGCAAAAAGUCAAUGCUUCGUUUGAAAACUUAGUGAUGCAGUAAGACACCUUAAUGGCGAUGUCUGGAGCGUUUUCUUCAAUUCCCACGGCAGCGCUCGAGGUUCUCUUUGACGUUGCUCCACUACACAUUCAUCUCAAACAAGAAGCACUUUCUUGCACUUACCGCGUAUGGGUAUUCGAUCUACUAGAGGAAACUCCUGUGAACCGCACAUCAACACACACCUCGUUGUUUUCACUUUUGGUGAAUUGGGACAAAAUUGUUCUUGCUCCAAGGGAUCUUACAAUUGCUUGUAAUUUUCCAUAUAGGACAUUUUCUACGAAAUUCCCUUCCCGGGAAGAGUGGACAUCGUCAUCCUUAUUUCCUUCCUUUUCCCUCAGGUAGAUGAUGAAAUAGGCUAUUAUUUUGCCGAUGGCACAAAUGUCCCAAAUGGAGGAUAAAGUGCCUCUGGAGCCGUCCUUCUGAUACCUAAUACCUGAUAAGGGCAUCAGGCGUAAUUUUGUUAUGGUUUGCCAAAAAAGACCUCGACCUGGACGUUAGUAAAGGAACCAUGGAUUAGCAAUCUUAGAGUUCUGGGGCUUAAACACCAAUAUGAUGAUAGCAAUCAGUCUUGAGUCAAGUACGAGACACUCAAUCUACGAAGCGUUGAUAGGAAUCAUCGUUAUCGUCCCAAUUUUAAAUUCUUGUAAUGAAAAUAAAUUGACUGCGUUCUAACUGAAGAAAUUUAAGCAGUAAAUACCAUCAGGGUACCAGAUUCCGCUCAUCUAAGACCAGUUUCGCAGAAAAACAUCAGCUGUUGAAUGACUGUUAAGUCAAUUUGUUAUGUUUUUCCAUUUUAUGUUAGUUAAAUCUAAGUACAAUCAGAUACAAAUCAAGACUUAUGUAGAACUUUUCAUAAAAGUAUGAUUUUGUUACAUUUGGUGUGAGACCAAAGUGGUCCUAAUUCCGCUCACGAACAAAUUUAUACCAUCUUUUAAAUAGACUUUUGCGGAAAAGUGCAUUAUUUUUUCAACUCUAUGUUUUUACAAUUAUUUUUUUCUGUUCCGUAGGAGUGGGGAGCGGGACAUUUGGCAUAAAGUCAUUUGGCAUAAGGUCGUUUGGCAUAAGGUCAUUUGGCAUAAAGACAUUUGGCAUAACGGUCAUUUGGCAUAACGACCAUUUGGCAUAAUCGAAAUGCACCCUUCUUUAUUAUGCCAAGUGUCCAUUAUGCCAAAUGACCGUUAUGCCAAAUGUCUUUAUGCCAAGUGACCUUAUGCCAAACGGCGUUAUGCCAAAUGACUUUAUGCUAAAUGACCCAGACCCGUAGGAGUGUAUAAUAAGGGUUAAACACACUGUGUACUAAAAUCGGCAGAUUUUACGAUUUUGACGUAUUUUUUUGCGUGAGCGGUUAUUGGAACACAUGAAAUUACCUACAGCUUUUUUGGGCCCAAUAGCCGCUCAAAAAAUUUCAUUGUUUUGUUUUUAAAAUUUAUGUUAUCCGAUAAAUAUUGCAUAAAAUGGCUUUGCUCUCGUCUAAUUUAUAUUGUUCAAGAAUAUCAGCGCCGAAAAAAGUGUAUUUAUGCGUGUAAACUUGAUUUUUGCAACAGUGAGCGGCUAUUGGGUCAUGAGCGGCUACUGGUACACUGACGGUACAGUUUCAAGACCAUGCUGAGGGUUGCGGAAUCGAUUCCCGGUCGGUCCAGGAAUUUAUCGUAAUGAAAAUUUACUUGACAUGGAGAAUCUUCAAGCCACACGAUAUACUCAUUACAUUAGUUGGGGAACUAUGUUAAAAACUUUGAAAGUUCUCUGCAUAAUAGAACACUAA